AGUAGUAGAAAAGCACCAUCUCCUUCUUACUCUAGUAGAGAAGUGUAGAACCUCUCCAUCGUCUCUCUCUCUCUUUCUCAUUCUCCAAAACCCUAAAUCUCUCACAAAAGAAAUGGCAGCUGCCGCUCCUCCACCGCCACCAACAGCCGCACCAGAGCCAAACAUGGUGCCAGAGAGCUCACCGAUCGGCCACCCUGUUUUCUCCCGUAUCCGCCUCGCCACACCCUCCGAUGUCCCUUUCAUCCACAAACUCAUCCACCAGAUGGCCGUCUUCGAGCGCCUCACGCAUCUCUUCUCCGCCACAGAGUCCGGUCUCUCCUCCACUCUCUUCACCUCUCGUCCUUUCCAAUCCUUCACCGUCUUCCUCCUCGAGAUCUCUCGUUCCCCAUUUCCCACCUCCUCCUCCUCUCCCGAUUUCACUCCUUUCCUCAAAACCCACAACCUCGAUCUCCCCAUCGAUGAUCCUGAGAGCUACAACUUCACGCCGGAUAUGCUAAAAGACGUCGUUGUUGCCGGGUUCGUCUUGUUUUUUCCGAACUACUCGAGCUUUUUGUCUAAGCCUGGUUUCUACAUCGAGGAUAUCUUCGUGAGGGAGCCUUAUAGGAGGAAAGGCUUUGGGAGUAUGUUGUUGACUGCUGUGGCGAAGCAAGCGGUGAAGAUGGGUUAUGGGAGAGUGGAAUGGGUUGUGCUUGAUUGGAAUUCGAAUGCUAUCAAGUUUUAUGAGCAGAUGGGUGCUCAGAUUUUGCAGGAGUGGAGAGUUUGUAGGCUUGCUGGUGAUGCGCUUCAAGCUUUUGAUAAGGUCAACAUCUAAAAAGUUUUGAUCUUUUUGCUGGUGAGAGAGUGUCUGUAUCGCUUUCUUUUGAUAAAGUUUUAAACUUUUUGUUGUUUUCUUUGAUCUUCUUGUCAUGUAAGUGUUGGAAUUGAUGAUGAUGAUGAUGCUGAUGAUUCUCUCUUCCACUUGAUA